AUGGCGAAAACAAGGAGAACCAACACAGAAGAUCAUCAUACUGAAGAGGAGGAACAUGUCGAGGUUGUUGAUGAAACUGAUUUGUCCGAAACAGUUCGUUUGCUGAAACAGGAAAUGGCAGCGAUGAAGCAACAACGGGAGAAGGAUGCGAAGGAACUUUCGGCCUUGAAAGCCGAAAAUGAGGCAUUAAAAAACCAAGAUUCUUCGUGGAAGCCUACUCAUCCCACAACCACUCAGACACAAGGGUCUUAUCAAUCUCAUGAGGUCCGCACAUCGGUUCCUCACGGCUCGGCCGCGGCACCAGAAAAAUCCCCUUCGACCUUGCAUACGAUCGGACGACCCACCGACGUAGUAACCAUCGGCUCACAUAGACACCCUUUCACAUCAUCCAUUAUGCAAUUGCCGUUGCUCGAUAAUUGGAAAUCGUUACCCAUUGAUAAGUAUGACGGUACAACCGACCCUGAUGAACAUCUUGAUGUUUUUCUCACGCAGGUAACCUUGAGCACCACGGAUGAUGCGGCCUUGUGUCAGAUUUUUCCGACAUCUCUCAAAGGCAGGGCGUUGAGUUGGUUCACUCGGCUACCUCCUAACUCAAUCGACUCGUUCAACACUUUGUCAUCACAGUUCACCAUCCAGUUCGCAACGAGCCGUCCCCACAGCUUGACCUCACUAUCAUUGGUAAGCCUUCGACAAGACAAGAAGGAGUCUCUUCGGGCCUUCAUGGAUCGGUUUAACAAAGCUGCGCUGGAAAUCCGAGACCUCAAUUCGGCCGUAGCACUCCAUCACCUCACAACGACAUUGAAGCCGGGGCCAUUCGUCAAUAGCAUUUGCAAAAAACCUCCUUCGGACAUGAACGACUUACGAAGGAGAGUUGACAAGUAUAUGCAAAUGGUAGAGUUAGCCGAAUACCGCAAUCAAGCCCGUGCCGAAUCAGUGAGCAAGGCCGAAAAGCCAACGGAACAACCAUUCAGAGGGAAAGCCAAAGAAAUAACACUGCGAGACCGACCCACUUGUGGGCCGAAAUACUCUCACUACACCCCCCUGAAUGCUAGCAGGGCAGCGGUGCUAGAGCAAGCCCUCGCAGCUGAAGUGCUAGCGGGACAACUUCAUAACUUUGUCAAUCGGUCAGGAUCAUCUCGGCCUCGCUCAACAUAUCAACCUCGCCACCAGGAUCGGCAUAGACAUGAUAAUUCUGAGAGGACUCGGCGUGACCGAAGCAGGUCUCGUGAUAGGAAGGACGACCCAUCGGCUGCGCAUAGGAGGGUUAUUAAUACAAUCGCAGGAGGAUUCGCCGGAGGAGGUUCAACUUCCUCAGCUCAAAAGAGACACUUGCGUGCUAUUCGCUCGGUUCACGUCGUUGAUAGGCAGCCCUCCCGAAGACUACCAACCAUAAUCUUCACUGAUGCUGACUUUCAAGGCAUUGACCCCGUGCAGGACGAUCCAAUGGUGAUCAGCGUAGAAAUUCACAAUUUCAUAGUCAAGAAAACGUUGGUUGACCAGGGCAGCUCGGCGGAUAUUUUAUACUGGAAUACCUUCAAACAGUUAGGUAUUUCCGAGACGGAGUUGAUCCCUUACGAUGACCCCUUGGUUGGAUUCUCAGGAGAACGGGUAAGCACCAAGGGAUAUAUUAAGUUAUUCACUCGUUUUUGUUUUGACGAACAAGAAAGUAGAGAAAUUCAGGUGAAAUACAUUGUGGUGCAUGCCAACACGUCUUAUAAUAUCCUCCUCGGUCGGCCAUCAUUGAACAUGUUGGGGGCAAUUGUCUCGACACCGCACUUAGCAAUGAAGUUCCCAUCCGACAAAGGGAAGAUCCUUACAAUCCACGCCGAUCAGAAAGCUGCUCGGGAAUGCUAUUUCGCAAGUCUGCGCGUAUCUCCCGUCGAAGAACAGCGACAAAAAUCCAAACGGGUUCAUGCUAUAGCUCCUUCGGCAUCUGACGCGUUGGUCGAUUGGGAUCUUGAUCCAAGAAUGAACAAUGAAUAA